CAUAGAAAGUUGUAUUGAUCGCACGUUGUUAGAUUAUUUAUUAACUUUAUUUAUGGGUGAAUAAAAAAGUGAAAGUGUACUUAUCAUAAAAAUGAAUAGCAAGAAAGGAAAAACUAAAAAUCGUCCUAAGCCAUCAAAAACUGCUCAAAAUGUAGACGAAACGAAGGAAGCUGAAAGCAUAAAUAAUGCUGAUGAAACUGUUAAGUGCGAAAGUCUUAAUAAAGAAGAAAUUUCUUUAACAGAGCGUCCUAUUGAAGCUGCACCUGAAAUAGAAGAGCAGCCUGUUACAGCAGCUAUUGACGCUCCCAAAAAACCAAAACGAAGUAAAACUAAAAACAAACAAGACACGUGGAUUGAACCAAUAGUACAGGACAAUUCAAAUACAAAUACUGCAGAAGAUGAUAAAAAAGAAAAUACUGAAUUGCAAGAAUCUCUUGAUGUAGUACCAGUCGCUCGUAAAAAGAAAAAUAAAAGUAAGAAAGUUGUGGACCAACCAAAAGUUGAUGUAGAACCACAAACUUCAGAAUGCGAGAUUAAAGAAGUGGAAGAAAAAAAUAUAAAAAUUAAUUUAGAAAUUCUUCAAAAAGAGCACAUACAUGAUGUAACAACACAGGAUGUAGAACCACCUAAAACCUGCGAAGUAUUACAAAAAGAAUCAAUAGCUUCUAAGAAAAAGAAAAAAAAGAAACAUCGCAAUGAUUCAGAAAAAUCGGACGCCAAUGAUCCUUGUACUCUAGCUUUCCAAAAAUUGUUAGAAUCAUCAGAAGAUGUUAACGAAGAAAUUGAAACAGACAAAGUAUCCUUGGACACUUUAAAUAAAACGGAGAAUACGGUCCCUAUUCCAGUACUUUUCGCGGACUCAAGCCAAUCUGGAGAUUUACAAGGAAAUUUAAAGGAUGAAGCGACGAAAAGCAAGAAAAAAAAUAAAAAAGGUAAAAAACAUCCCCUCGAAACAGAAACACAUGUCAAUAAAGAAUAUAAACCGGAACUAGAAGAGAAUAUCACAAUGGUUACAAAAUGUGAAAGUAUUACUACGGAAAAUGUUCAAUUAGACACAACAACAGUAGACCUGAACUUAAAACCAAAAGCAAAAAUUGUUAAGCCUGUUCAAAAAAAACGUAAGGCAAAAUCAGAAUCUCAAGACGAAAAUAUCCCUGAAUCAUUAGAAAUUGAUUCAGAUUGUAAAAUAAACGAAAGUACAAAACAUAUACUUAAUGAGCCUAAAAUUGAUAGUGUGUUUGAAGAAAAACAAAUUAAUAAAAGUAGUCAAGAAAGUGAGAUUACUGCUGAUAAAUCCAUAACUUUGAAUGACGAUACAAAGGAUAUUGAAAAUAAAGUUUUAUCAGAACAAUCUGAUAAAAUCGAUAUUAGCGUUGCAAACCUUGACAGUAAAUCAUCUUUUUCAUCAUUAGAUUUAAGUAAAAACGAAGAAGAAAAUGUUGUUACUGAAAAAACAAUGGAUUUACCUAAAAUUUUUGAAAAUCUACAAGAAAAAGACUUUACAAAACCAGAUAUCGAUAAAGGGUCAGACAAUUUGGGAUUUGUUAAAGUAAAGUCAGGUAAACAAAAGAAAAAACGACAGCAAAAUAUUGACAACGUACCUGAAAUUAUAGAAUCUGUUGGUCCAUCGACAGGUAAGGAUUCUGAAAAAAAUAUAUCUGAACAUGAAACAAAAACUAAUAUAGAUCAAAAAGAAACAUAUUUUGAUGCAACACAUUGUGAUUUUGUAGAAAAUAAGCAAGAUGAACUAGAAACAUUAAGUAUAGCUACUCCUGAUUUGAUACAAUACCCGAGAUCUACCAGUCAACAACAUAUUGACGACAAUAAUAAUGAAACAGUUAUUGAAGAAAUAACAACAACAGAUGAGGUUAAAUUAGGUAUUCCUAUUUAUACAGCAACACCUAUUAUUCAAGGUUCAGGUGAAUCACCAGAUGCUAAAACUCUUACUGAACCCAUAACUGUUAAAGUUACCGAAAUGGCUUCGCCUCUUAGCACUAGUAAUGAAAAAAAUGAUAUCAAGUCUAGAAUUAUUGAAGUAAAUAACGAUAUGGAAGAAUUAAGGCGAUCUAUUGAACGAUCACUGGCAGAGUUAACUGGUGCUGAAAUAUGCACUAGUGAAGUGGAUAAAGAGUUUGAGGAAUUGUUUCAAAAACAAAUUAAAGAUUCACAGGUUAAAAAACCAUCUGAGGAUAAAUUAGAAAGUUUGCAAGCAGAACAAUCAAUAUUGCCGAAGCCAUCAGAUGAUGAAAUUAUGAAGUUACAGAAAGAAAGUGCUGAUAUAGUAAAAACUAAAACCAUUCGUGUAAAUAAAAUGGAAACACCUGACGAAAGAAAAUGUGACCAAACAGACCCAACAGACCAACCGAUACCUACAGAUACUCAAAAGCCUGAUGUAGAAACGGAUGCAAAAAGCACUGUUCCCAUUUGUCCUGCUAGAAGUAAAGGCAAAAGCAAGUCAAAGAAAAAAGGCAAAAAAGAAGCUUUAUCUACCAGUACUAAUAAUUCCUCUACACAAUCAGACGCAACAAAUAAAGACACAACUAAAACAUCGAAAUCUAAUAACUCUGAGAAAUCUGAUCAAAAACCUGAAUCAUCAAAAGAAAAAGGUAAACAACAAUCAAUAAAUCCUAUCGAAGGUCCUGAGGCUGAUUCGAAACAUUUAAAGCUGGAUUUGUCUUUUGAGCUAAUAGAAAAUUUUGAAGACGCUCUUACAUCAAGCGCUGAUGAUGUUAAUAAAACUUUUGAAAUAAUUGUUAAUGAAGCAACUGAAUCAUUACGCCAAAACAAUCCACAAAUAAACAUAAUAGCGCCAAAGGAAGAUAUCGAAGAAAAUAAUAAAGAAAAGAAGCGAAGACAAAACUCUGUAUCGCAGCCAAAAAACUUAUUAGGCAAACCCAACAUUCCUGCAUCAUCGAAUAAAACUGAUUACAAAAAAGAAAAAAAUAAACCUCCCAAUUCUAUACAAGCUAAAGUUAAAAUAAAGGAUUCGGUAGAAAUAGAAAAGAUCAAUAAAGAAUUAAAAGAAUCUCAUACCGAUAAUAAAAACAAAUUCAUUAAACAGACUCAUAGUUCGGAUACUUAUUCAUAUUUAUCUAAUACGAACGAAGAUUUCAUUUAUAAAUAUAGUUUCCGUAAAGUAUUCCUGCAAAGUAGCUGCCACGUUUGUAAGAAAACGUUGACACAAAGAUUUCCUUGUAAGUUUUGUUCAUUAGUAUUCUACUGCAGUCAAAAACAUCAAGACGAAGAUUGGGCUAAGCAUCAGUUUUUAUGCUUCGCUGUUUCUACUAUCGCUCAUCUAAAAGAACAAAAGCACAUCUACGCCGAUGUUCAAAAUAUUACCGGACAGGAUUAUCGAGUGCUCAGAAUGCAAAUGAUACUGUCUUGUGAGAAGAUUCUAAAACGAAAGCUGGUACCUUGGGAGCAGGAGGCCUUGCUGUAUCCUAGACUUUGUGCGGAUACCAAUUGUAGACAAUGGAAGCAAACGAAGUUAAAAGAUUGCGAGGGAUGUGGUCAGAUAUCAUAUUGUAUUGAGCAUCAAGAUCACCUGCCGUUAUCUCAUCAACGUUGGUGCAAAUCCUAUGCCUUGUAUCAGAAACUUGUGAACUAUCAGCAAACGAAAGGGAGACUGGAACCGAAGCUCCCCACCAAAGUCAUGGAACAUUACAGAAUACCAGAGAAAAUUAAUGAGGUACUUGGAGCUAUGUAUGAGGAAAAAAUCGAUAUGGAUGAGAUCCAGUAUGCAGCGUUGACCCAACUUGCAUCAGCUCCUUUGACAGCAGCGUAUGGCUACCAGCUUCACACCACCAAGAUGAAUUCGACGUGUGCUAAUGGAGUCUCAAAGAAAGUUACGUUCACCAUCCAUGCAGUGGGUCCAGAUCUUCAGUUUGAAGCUGAUGCCUUGAACAAGUGGGAGGUAUUUUUCUUACACUUGCGGCCUGAUGUCCAGGAACUGAGAGUGGUGCUGGUUGGACCAGAUCUAAAUCCUUCAGAACUUCCUCUGGAUUUACUUGGAAAAAUCAAGUUAUGUGAGAACUGCCGCGUAAACAAACGUAGAGUAAUAUUUCAUUUCCACGAUAAGGAAACGUACCACGAAUAUUAUUCCAGCGACGACUUCAUUACGCCAGAUAUCAUUUGCGCGUUUAACCCGAACAUACAAAGAUCUUCCAUGUACAAUGUUAAUGAUACCUGGCCGUCAACAAUAAACAGUAUUGUGAAGCAAAAAGUACCUUUCAUCAUAACUUCGUUCAACAUUGAAGAGUUGGAAAGAGACAUGUCGAGAGUGAAAGAAAUAUCACGAUACAAUUUCAACGUUGUUUCAGAGCCGAAACAUAAUCCCUUCAGUAGUUUGAGACCGGAUAGAAAUUUCAUAACGGACCAUGAAAUACCUUUGUUAUUCAAAAAUUAUUGUUUUAGUAUACUGUGUGGUGUUUUUUAAUCGUUAAUGUGUAAACAUAUUAGCGCUCGGUAGGGGCUAAUAUGUUCGGGGUUCGAGCGUCAAAUGACGUCAGCGUAAGAUUUAUUGUAGGUGUGUUAAUGUGUGCGUGAGACCGGUACAUGAGCUUGUUUACUCAUCAAUUCUCGUGAGGACCUUGGAACUCACACUAUGUUUUAUUGUUUUCUUGAAUGUUAUUUAUUUCGUAUUAAACAUUUGAAUUUUAA